AUGUCAACUAUUUUCAUUCUUAUCCAUAUAUACAAUAUAGUUUAGUAUAUCAUAUGUAUAUUAAACUCUUUACACAACUUGAUUACAUUAGUGGAAUAUUUCUCCUGUCACCUAACAAGUACUUCCAAAUAUUUUCCCGUUGAAUGCAGCUGAACUUCUGUUCUAAGCGAUAUAAUCGGCGAAUACAAUGGAUCUUGCAGGCACAGAAAGUUCCAGUGAUUCGGACGAUUUUCAAAUAUUGGAUCAUAACUUUGCUCAUGUUCUGCAAUUUCUUCAUCCAGAAAAUAAUGAAACCGAAGAAGCAACAAUACCUUCUGAGAGUACUUUUGACUUGGCCCUUCCAACCACACAUUCUUAUUUAGGAAAUAAUCUAAAAGAAUUAAGAGGAAGAACAUUACUAGAUGAUGGAAUUCACAGGAAUUUACCAUUGUUAGUUAAACAUUCUAUUAUUUUAUUUCCUGGACAAACAUUACCAAUGAAAUCAGAAAGUAUAGAAGUUAUUAGAAUGUUACAAAAUUGCAUUCAAAAAGAUCAUAUAUUUGGUGUCAUAUGUGUAAACAAUGGUAAGAUGGUACAUGUAGGUACAACAGCUGAAGUAUAUGAAUAUUAUGAUGGAGAUCUAAUGGCAGGAAGUUUUCGACUAAAAGCUAAGGGUAGACAGCGAUUCAAAAUAUUACGUGUUAUAAUGAAGGGUUAUGACAUGUUUUCUGCAAAUGUUAAAAUAUUACCAGAAGUUACUUUGAACCAUCCAUUCUUGGAUUAUCGUUUAGCCUCAUUAGAUCAUUUACGAGUACAACCAACUAAUGAACAAGAAUUGAAACAGCAAGACUUUGUAGAGAAAGUAGAUUCUGUGAUAACUCCAUGGCCAUCUUGGGUAUAUAAACAGUAUGAUCCUGUAAGAUUAUCUUCGAAAAUACGGCAUCAUUUACAAUUUCUUGAAAAACGAGGUGGUAACAUACCCAAAGAUCCAAUUGAAUUAUCAUUUUGGGUUGCACAAAAUGUAUUAGUUGAUGAUGAUGAAAGAAUUGAUUUAUUAAAUUAUGACUGUGCUAUUGCAAGGUUACAAAGAGAAAUAAAAUUUCUUAUUGAGGAUAGAUCUUUUGUUUGUAUACAUUGUGAUAAUUUUAUUGCUCAUCAAUCAAAUAUGUUCCCAAUGAGUACAGAAGGCCUUCAAAGUACGUAUUGUAAUGGCUAUGGUGUUAUAUUUGAAACAAUAACUGUCUACCAUGCAGAAGGAUUAAAGCUUAAUAUGGAUACAUCUUCAACGGAUUACAGUUGGUUUCCAGGAUACGCCUGGACAACAGCAAGUUGCAAUAAUUGUUAUUCUCAUAUGGGUUGGAAAUUUACAGCAGUAAAAAAUAAUUUGAAACCUAAAGCUUUUUGGGGUUUAUCUCGUAGAGCUUUAAAAAAUAAAACAAAUAAGAAAGCAGAUGAUACAACAGAAACUGAUGCCAAUCCAAUUGGCAAUUGAGAAAAUUUUUUAUAUUUCAUACAAAUCAUUGAUACUAUAGCUGAAUUAUCAUUGCAGUAAAACUUAUUGCUUAGUUGUGUUAAUAUAUCUUAAGAUGAAAUUAAUAAGAAUCCUGAAGAAUGUAAAGGAUAGAAUGCAUUUUGACAGAAUGCUAUUAACAAUUGUCUCUGUGCAUAAGUAUGUAUACACGUCACGUUUAGUAGAGACUUAGUAUAAUAGAGUGUACAUAUUAUGGAUAAAUUCCAAAAUAGAUCAUGGUUUUGCCAUUAUACCAUUCGGAUUAAUCGUUAUAUGUAUAUGAAAAGUAAUCUCUUUAUUACUUUUCAUAACUAAUAUAUAGAUAAUGAAUUAUAAUGGUCUUUUCACAUUGAUAUUCUACAAAUACAUACAAGAUUGUAUAAUACCAUAUUAUUUCCUAAAUAUACAAAAUUCCAAUCUGUGUAUACAAGAUAAUGGGUGGUGAUAUAUCAUAUAUAUAGAAUAAGAUAUUUUGUUAUUUAUAUAUUAAGAAAUAAAUAAAAUCAAAUUUAAUGUCACAA